AACAAAAAAAUUAUGUUUGUUAACUAUGUUAACAGAUUACUUUAAGAAUAAAUAUUAAGUAAAUGUUUGCUUUCUUAUUACAAUUUUAAAUUUCUGAAAAAGUAUUUGAAAUUUCUUUAGACAGUAUCCUACAUGAUUUUCAUAAUAUUUGAUGCAAUUGAGUCAUAGUGCCCAAUACUAAAUAAGACAAAACUGAUAAAAUACAGGUGUUCUUAAUAAGAGGGUUGUGUUUUAUAGACAAGUAGCUACUUUUCAAAGAAUAGGGCUAAUUUAGAAAUUCACCUAUCAAACUUAUCAAUAACAAUAGAUCAAAACAGAUCAAUGUUAAGGCAUUUAUGUUCAGCUCGUGUAACCAUAAUAUAACUUAAAAAAGAAAUAAUUUUGAAAAUAGAUUAAAAAUCCUACCUUUUAAUUACCAUCCAUCAAUAAACAAACACGUUUUCUGCUACAUUAGUCACUGUUACUAGUGUAGUUGUUUUUUAACGUAUUUCAUCAACCACCAUAGAAAGUUUCUGCUUUCUAUUAUAAACAGUUGGUAGCAGUCUGUUUUGAGGUUGGGAACUGUUUCUGAUAUCUAACCUAUAAAAACAGUUAAGAAACACAAUUUAUCACAUACAGUUUAAAAAAUGGGUAAAGCACGUAAAACGCGUAAGAUUGCUGAAAAGCGAUUUGCAAAAAUGAAAAAAAUGAUUAGUCCCAGCGAUCCUAGAAUUAAAGCAUCCAUGCGAGCUCCCCCGAAAAAGAAGAAACCCGAAAAUCCGUACGAAAUAAAAGUGCAUGAAGCCCCGCAAGCGAGUUCGGCUCUAUUUUUCCAAUACAAUACACAGUUAGGCCCACCAUUUCAUAUACUGCUAGAUACAAAUUUCAUUAAUUUCUCAAUUAAAAAUAAAUUAGAUAUCAUUCAGAGUAUGAUGGACUGUUUAUAUGCUAAGUGUAUACCGUAUGUCACAGAUUGUGUUUUGGGUGAAUUAGAAAAGUUAGGACGAAAAUAUAAAGUGGCUUUACGCAUUAUUAAAGAUCCACGUUUUGAAAGAAUUCAUUGUCUUCAUAAAGGCACUUAUGCCGAUGACUGUUUAGUACAAAGAGUAACUCAACAUAAGUGCUAUAUUGUGGCUACAAAUGAUAAAGAUUUGAAGAGGAGAAUACGUAAAAUACCUGGAGUUCCAAUAAUGUAUGUAGCGCAGCACCGAUACACUAUUGAAAGGAUGCCUGAUGCUUAUGGUGCACCAAAAACAUAAUUUUAAAUAUAUAAUAUCAAUAAAUAUUAUAUUUGUUUUUACUUUCAACAAAACCUCUUGUAUUCUACUAUCUGAUACUUGUGCCUUUUUAAAUUUAUUAGAACUAAUAAAUGAACUUUUACUAA